UAGUGAAUGGUUGGUGUGCAUGGGUGGCGAUACCUUUUGUUUCGAUCGAAAGUCUGAGCUCGAAUGAAUCCCCACUUGAAGCUCAGAUGUCGAGCUGUGUGCUGUGCUGCGCCAUCUCUUUGGUACAACAAGUGCGCCCUUGAGCUCUAUCCCGACGAUAUGGUUAGGAGAUUCGCUUACAAGCGAGAUCUUGUUAGGUUCAGUAUGCGCGAUAGAUGGCUCAGGUGUAAGUUGUGGAAGAAGUCGAAACAAUGGCGGCCGCGCUAUUAAAUAGGUUCGUCUAUGCCAAUUCAAGUUUCAGCAGUAUUAUUGGUCUCGCGGCGUAUCCAGGAAGAAAAUCCUCACAUGGGCAGUUAGAGCAAUAAUUCAGGUCUUUUCUUGGAAACAAUGGUGGCAGAAUUGCUCCCUCGGGGUGAUUGUUAGAUCAGCUAUUUGUUUCCUGGGAAGUUUCUUAACGAGAUGUUCCUCUGUUAAUGCGUCAACAAGCUGAGUUGAGGAAAUUCCAUAGAAUUUGCUGCUGCUGUUCCAAGAUUAAGAUCUUUUCACCAUGUUCAAUCAGCAGUAUCGCCGUCCAGGUUCCAUGGAGAUGUCCAGAAAGUACUGGGGGAGCUCUCUGGGAACCUCUACAGACUUCGACUACGACGAGCCAAGCGUUCAGUCAUUAUGCGACUUAGAAAGGACCAGGAGUUUAGAGGGAGCUGUACCAAGGCCUAUGCUGGAUGAGACGCAACAGAGCUGGCUGCUUGAGCCCAAGGUCGAGAAGAAGGAGCCCACGGUAGAUUUAGGAUGCGUAUCGGUGACGCGCAGGUUCUUCCGGUGGAUGAAUUGCAUCUUCUGGGGCAUAGUCGUCAUUAUUGCCCUUGCCCUUAUCAUUUGGAAAUUCGGUCCCAAACACGGCCACUCCCCCCCGAAGCCAGACAACUAUACCAUUGCACUGAGCAAGGCUCUUUCAUUCUUUGAUAUUCAAAAGUCUGGCGCUCUCCCCGUUAAUGAUCGUCAGCGCAGAUUUAAGUGGCGCAGAUCCUCGGCCCUAUUAGACGGCCAAGCAGCGCAACCCGGUAGCCCAGCAGUGAAACUCGCUGGAGGAUUUUACGAUGGAGGGAACACGAUCAAAUUUGGAUUCCCAGGAGCCUAUGCUAUGACUAUGCUGAGUUGGAGUGUGAUAGAGUACAAGGCGAAGUUUGAAGCCUCGGGAGAGUUUGAUCAUGCUAGGGAGUUAAUCAAAUGGGGGACGGAUUACAUAUUGAAAACUUUCAACAACACCGAGGUGGAUAAAAUUAUCUGUCAGGUGGGCAUAGGUGGAGGUCCAAGACCAAAUGAUCUCUAUUGCUGGGAGAGGCCAGAGGAUCUAGACUUCUUCAAAGACACACGCAGGUCUGCCAUUUCGGUGAACUCGGGCUCAGACUUGGCAGCGGAGAUGGCAGCAGCUCUGUCAGCUGCCUCCAUCGUGUUCAGAGACGAUCCCAAGUACUCGCAGGGAUUGGUGAAUGCUGCGAAAGCUCUUUACGCCUUCGCCAAGCUGAAGCCUGGCAGCUUUGUGCAGAACCUCCCUGGCCCUGAGAGGGCCAUCUACAACGCUACCUCUUUCAAUGAUGAGUUGAUAUGGGGAAGCACCUGGUUAUAUUUCGCCACCGGCAACACAACUUACCUAGGCGAUGCGACUAUUCGCAGUAUUGAAAACAGUAACCGAAAGAGGGGCUACACGUUUGGUGUAUUCGAUUGGGAUAACAAGCUUGUUGGUGCUCAGUUACUUCUGACCAGGCUGAGGAUCUUGCAAGGGCCCGGUUAUCCAUAUGAACAAACGCUGAAGCAGUACAAUAAUGAGACGAAUCUGGUCAUGUGUGCUUAUCUGCCUCAGUUUCGGACAUGGAACCGCACAAAAGGAGGAAUGAUUUUAUUUAACCCGAACGCAACCCAGCAUCUUCCGACAGCAGUUAACGCUGCAUUUUUAGCUACGCUGUAUGCCGACUACUUGAAAGCUGCUGAUGUACCGGUUUUGGAAUGUGGCCCUAAUUGGUAUUCUCCAGAGGUUCUGCGCAAUUUUUCUCGAUCACAGGUCGAUUACGCGCUUGGAAAGAAUCCCUUGAAGACGAGCUACGUUGUGGGAUACAGCGAAAAAUAUCCUUUACAACCUCGUCACCGAGCAGCCUCCAUCCCCGAUGAUGGCAAGAGUUACAGUUGCGAACAAGGGUGGCAGUGGAGGGACCGCAAUUUUCCCAAUCCACAUGUCCUUCAAGGCGCCUUGGUUGGAGGUCCCGACAUUCUGGAUCGCUUCACUGAUUUGCGCAAGAAUUACAUUCAGAAUGAGCCCACUAUUGCCAACAACGCGGGCCUCGUGGGGGCUCUUGUUGCACUGUCCACGAUGCCGACAGGAACCCAAGAGCACAUCGACCCCCACUCUAUCUUCUCUGCGAUCCCUGUGUAUGUCCCUUCUCCUCCACCUCCAGUCGUGCCUUGGGAACCCUGAUUUUUCUCAUACCCGUAAUUAGAACUCAACACGAUACUUGAUUUGAUUUGUACAAAUACAAAAGAUAUUCGUAGUUACAACUCUCGCGACACGCAGGGAAUAAUGUGGACUCGAAACUAAAUGCAUAGUUGUGAUCGAAUUGUGUCAGAAAGUGUCGAAGACUAAAAAAGUAUCUUCUGUGCAUUGAUCGUAGAUAGCUGUCCUAUUCAAUUACGUUCUUCCUGUGCCGCACAAAAUGAUCAACUCGUAGAAUGACUCCUAAUAAUGCAAGCACGCAACUGCAAUUUCUGGA